AGGUCCAAAGCUUCUCUUCCCUCGACGUCGAAAACAACCCUAACGUGGAGCAGGGAGUGAGGUAGAGAGAGAGAGUUGGAAAUGGCGGUUUCUGGAGAUCUGAGGGUCUCUGCGACAUUAGGAUCUUUUUCUGCGCACCCCCUUCGAAGCUCUUUACCCCAUUCAAAGGUAGACUUUUCUGGGUUUCUUAGUGGAGCACCUGGUGUCUCUGAUGUCGCACGUAAAUUGUCUCCUGUGGUACUUGAUAACCAUAGCAUUCGCUGUCAUUCUAAACGGCCUUCUGGGAUCACUGGCGAGUAUAGAUUGUCCUCGAGUUCUACGAGCCAAGAAACCGAAAGUUUUUUGCUUAAUGUCAUAAACAUGAGCUUCUUUGAACGUCUAAACUUGGCCUGGAAGAUAAUGUUCCCAACACCAAUGUUUAGAAGGAAGUCUAAUGCAAAUAUUGCAAAGCAACGGUUGAAGAUGAUUCUAUUCUCUGAUAGGUGUGCAGUUAGUGAUGAGGCAAAACAGAAGAUAGUGGCCAACGUUGUGAAUGCUCUAUCAGACUUUGUGGAGAUAGAAUCACAAGAUAAAGUUCAGCUAAGUGUCUCUACUGAUGCAGACCUUGGGACCAUUUACUCUGUCACAGUCCCUGUUCGGCGGGUGAAGCCAGAGUAUCAAGAUAAUGAUGAGAUUGGAGCAAUCACAAAUAUUGAAUACAAAGAUACUGGAGAAAGGUCUGGUUCUGUUGAUGUCAGGUUUGAUUUCUAUGUUCCGAAUGAAAAUUUUAAUGAUUUUGGUGUUUGAAAAAUGAUGGUGUUGGAUGCUUAGUGGGAAAGACGGGGGGAAGUAGAAGAAAAUAAUGAUGCGUUUGUAAGAGACUAUUUUGGACUUUUAGCCAUUUCAAUGUAUUUGUAGGUAUGUAUAUAUUUUUCCUGUUAGGUGAUUGAUGAAUUUUGCUGUGUGACAUUUCACUUGGAAGAUGAUUUUAGCUACAUUACUUGGUGCAUACAAUGCAUUUAUCUUGGAUUGGUUUUAA